AUGAGCAUGGAUCCGGCUUUUCCGCAAAGUUUGCCUUGCUUGGAAGCAUCUGAUUCUAGGGUCUUUUCACCAAUACCUGUGAUUAAUGGUCCCGAGGAAAUUUAUCCACCUGUUCAAAUGUCAUCUGCUGAGAUGCCCCUCACAGAGACUGUCUCUCCCUCUCCAUCCUCCAUGGACCUGCUUAUUCAGGAUAGCCCUGAUUCUUCUACCAGUCCCAAAGUGAAACCAUCCACUUCUGUACAAGAAAGCACAAUAAAGAAGGAAGACAGUAAGAUCCAGGUCAAGAAACAGAAGAUACGCACAGUGUUUUCUCAGACUCAGCUGUGUAUACUAAAUGACAGGUUUCAGAAACAAAAAUACCUCAGCCUCCAGCAGAUGCAAGAACUUUCUAGCAAUCUGAACCUUAGCUACAAACAGUCUGUGUUCACUUAUAUUGAAAAUGAAUUUAUAUCCAGGCACAGUGGCAUGGGCUUGUAUUCCCAGGGCUCACUACCCACUGAAUAUUCAGGUCCCUACUCUAAUUAUAACCAGGGGUACCAGGUUAAUUCACCUGGAAACCUUCCACCAUGGAGCAAUCAGACCUGGAACAACCCAACUUGGAGCAACCAGACCUGGAACAGCCAGUCUUGGAGCAGCCAGUCUUGGAAUAGCCAGUCUUGGAGCAACAACUCCUGGAAUACUCAGACCUGGUAUACCCAAUCCUGGAACAAUCAGGCCUGGAACAAUCAGACCUGGAACAAUUCAUUCUAUAACUAUGGAGAGGAAUCUCUGCAGCCCUCCAUGCAGUUCCAACAAAAUUUUCCUGCCAGUGAUUUGGAGACCACCUUGGCAAUCACUGGUGAAAGCCAUAGGUAUUUUAGUACUCCACAAUCCAUGGAUUUAUUCCUAAAUUACUCUCUUAACAGGCAGUCUGAAAAUAUGUAA